UUUGUGUUUGACCUGUGUUGCUACUGAAAUUAAAGGGUUGCAAUUAUUGUUGAGCAAAGCUUUUUGGAAAAGCAUCUGUUAUUCAUUUUAGCUGCUUUAUAAAUAAUUAUUCUCAUCAUUUUUGUUCAACAAUUGUCAUAAUUUUUUGCUUAUGUAUAAUUCUAUGUCAAGGUGUUCUUAGGCACAGCAUUCUGUUUGCACUGAUGACCUUUUGUUUAUAUGUCUCGCAGGCCAUCCCUGGGUUCAAGCUGGUGGUGUGGCUCCUGCAAGCCUCCCGAUUCUGCAAUAUUAAGUCGAUUGAAGCAAUUCUCUGCAAUGAACAAGCUCAAGAAAAUGGGUAUUAGAGUAAGUCACUUUAUGUAUUAAAUAAGUGAAUGGUUUGAAGCCAAAUAAUUGAUAGUCAUAUACAUAAAUUAAAUUAAUAGAUGACUUGUAGUUAUUCAACUCAUUUCUUUCCCCUUUUUUUGGCAGGUAAUUGCAGAGAGCUUAUCUGAAGAAGAAAUUGCUGGCCUAAAAGAAAUGUUCAAAAUGAUAGACACUGACAGUAGUGGUCAAAUCACUUUUGAAGAACUUAAGGCUAGUUUGAAAAGAUUUGGAGCUAAUCUUAAGGAAUAUGAAAUUUAUGAUUUAAUGCAAGCAGCAGAUGUAGAUAACAGUGGAACAAUUGAUUAUGGAGAGUUUGUAGCAGCCACUUUGCAUUUAAACAAAAUUGAGAGAGAAGAUCAUUUGUUCGCGGCAUUGCAUUUAAACAAAAUUCCUUCAGCAUUGCUUUUAGAGAGGGUCGUAAACUUUAGUGUCGUAAUUGGCAACAAGGUUCUUAUUUCUUUCAUCCUUCGAAAAAAAAUUUAUAUUUUUUUACAAGAUUUUCUUGAGAGAUCAAGAUUGUCAAGUAAGAAGAAGCUUAAAUGCUGGCCUAAGGUAUAGCCAGGGCUCAAUUAUAUAUGCUUUUCUUUGAAAUCAUGGAGAUCUCUGUUAGUGUUUGCAAUGACCUUUGCAUCCAUACCAUAGUUUGUACACCAUGAGAGAAAAAAAAAAAAUUCUUUACCCUUUAGUUUAAUUUAUGAAACUCGUUGAAAAUACAUUAUGUACUUCUCUUGACAGAAACUGCAUUUUAUCGACGAUCCAAUUUUCUACACGAAA